CGCGUCAGUCGGCGUCACUGGUCAAAUCGUGUAAUAUUUUGGAGCAAUGGCGGUUGAGAACAAGUAGUACGAGUAAAGAAAAUUUGGUUAUAGUUGUUAGUUAAAAAAUAAAUAAUAAUGAAUAAAGUUACUGGUACGUUGUUUCACGAGAAACUUCGAGAACUUAUUCCUAGUUUGUCUAGUAGUAUUACGCCAGAAGUGCUGAAUAAGUUAUGCGAAGACGAUUCUGUGCAACCAUUUCUGAAAUGGUUUUAUAUAAAUAUAAACAAAGAGAAUAUUCUUUCAGAUGGGUGCAUUAAGUUGAAGAAGUUUAUAGAAAAGAAUGACACGUGGUUACAGGGCAAAGAACUUGAGUUAGCCCUUGAAGAGACCACUCAAAGAUGUCCAGAACUUUUGAAACUAAUUGAAUCAGAUUAUUGGAAUAACAAUCAAUCUGAAGUAGAUUUCAAUGCAGAAAAAGAAUUGUAUAAUCAAGAUCUUGAAUAUCUGCAGUUCAUUGAAAAUAGUAUACAAAAACUCAAACUGUUAGAAGAAAAACUAGAUAUUGAUCUUGAAAAUGAAACUGAUGCAGUAGAAAAAGAAGACAUAAAAGUUGAAUUAAUGUAUAAUGACUGUAUGUCAAUUUUAGAAGACUUCGAUGAUUGUCAUCGGCAGUUUUUUACAGCUGUUGAUCUUUUAACUGAAACUUAUAGAAAAGCUUUUCAAAAGAAAGGAGAUCCUUGCAUAUGGACGCAGAUGCCAAUAGAACUGUGCAUAAAACAAUUGGAAACCUACAAUAAUUAUUUAAACACUUAUGCAAAAACACAAUUUUCAAUGUCCCCAAAAAAUGACACAUCUCACACAGACCAUCAUAGUUUUUUAAAUGAAAGUUGUGAGAAUGAAAAAUUAAGAGAGUUGAUUAAUUGUCAAACCAAUCUAUUUACGUCGAAAAUGCACGAAAUAAUGGCUAAAAUAGAGGAAAAUGCCAGUAAAAGUUUAGUAAAUUAUGUGAAGAAAAUUUAUAAUGAUGGAAAUUUACAAGCUCCCAGUACACCAUUAUUAGCCAGGGCAGAAAUAGCUGAAUUAACAAAUCAUCGCGACUUCUUAGAAGAAAACGUGAAUCUUUUACAAGAACAGCAAUUAGUUGAUGUAGUACAGCAGUUAUCAAUAACAAAAGUUAUCAAAAUUAUGGAGAAAGAAGCUCAAGCUCGACUAGAUAGAAGGAAAGAUAAGCUUUCAAGAUUACAAAGAUUAUGUACCCUUGCUAGGGAACAUGGUUAUGCAUUUUCAACCUUACUGUGUAUGUUAUUUGAAUUACAAAUACAUCGAAUCAAUGAAAUUGUACAGUUCGUGAUAGACGCUCGUUAUUAUCUGUCUAUGGAGUACUCGUUAUCAUCCACUCGAAGCGAUAUUAUGCUAGAACUUGAACAUGAAUAUAAAACUAUUUCGUCAUCUCCUACAGAUAAAAACGCUUUCAAUCGAUUUUUGUUAGAAAUGACAUCACCUGAAGAACUAAAAAAUGACGUACAAGCAUCUGCUCAAUAUUAUGAAGAAUUAAGAAAAGACAACACCAACAAAUUACAAAUACUAUUGAAUAAAAAAUUAGAAGAAAUGAUUGAAAGCUCAAAAAAUUUAGAAGAGAAAGUGUUAAGCCAGUAUAAUCAGGAAAUAAUUAAUAAUCCAACAUUAAGCUUUAAAGCAAUACCUUAUCAUGUUCAAAAUGAAAUAGAUAAAACAGUGAAGCAACUAGAAAAGUUGGAAUCAAAUGUAGAAUCAAUGAGAAAUAGAUUUAAAGUGAUGAUUAAUCAAACUGACACACCUAACUAUGAAAGGGAAAAAUUAUUAAUUUGGCAAAGAUUUUUAGCAGAUCCAGAAUCUUUGAAAAGUAUGUGUGAAGAGUAUGAAAAGCUGAGAGAUCAUGCUAUGUUUUAAUGUGAAAUUGAGACUUUGUUAUUAAUUUGAGGACAUUUGUACAUAAAAUAAAAUGUCUA